CCGCCCCGCGGCACAGGACACCGUGGCCACUCAGAAUGUCCCAGCGACACUCCGACAGCUCCUUGGAAGAGAAGCUACUGGAAUACCGUUUCCACUCAGAGCUACGGCUUGAUGCCAAGGGGAACCCGGCGUCCAGGCUGCCCAUGGUCCGGGACUCCCUGCAGGCCGGGGACAAUGCCGCCUUCCAGCUCGAUACCUCCGUGUCCCCACCUCUGUCCCCUAAGGACAAGGAGCCACGGGCCGUCGUCCUAAGCACACAGAGCCCUGCGGCCCGCAAGAUGGGCACUCAGCAGCUGAUCCCCAGGAGCUUGGCUGUAUCCAGCAAGGCCAAGACCCCAGCCCGCCACCAGAGCUUCGGGGCGGCCGUGCUCAGCAAGGAGGCUGCCCGGCGGGACCCCCGGCUCGUCUCCGCCCCCAGCUUCUCCCUGGACGACAUGGACGUGGACACGGGCCCCGAGGGAGCGCUCAGACGGAACCUACGGAACCAGUCCUACCGGGCGGCCAUGAAGGGUCUGGGGGCUCCAGGCAGGGAGAGGGUCCCCAUCCAGCUCAGCCCCAAGCUCCAGGCUCUGGCUGAGGAGACCAGCCCACCUUCUGCUCGGUGUCCGGCCAAGAAUAAGAGGACGCUGGGGCGGAAACGCGCACACAAGGGCUCUUUCAAGGACGACCCUGGGUUCUACCAGGAGAUCCGGGAGCGGGGCCUGAACACCAGCCAUGAGUCUGACGAUGACUUGCUCGAUGAGCCGUCCAGCCCUGAUGGAACGGGAAAGGCGGAUGCCCCCAUCGUAGUCAAGAGCUACCGGCCUGCCCAGGUCACCUGGAGCCAGCUCCCAGAGGUGGUGGAGUCCGGCCUCCUGGACAAGCUGCCUGCUGAGGAGCGCAAGAGGCAGGAGGCCAUCUUUGAGAUCCUCACGUCGGAGUUCUCGUACCAGCACAGCCUGGGCAUCCUGGUGGCCGAGUUCCUGCAGUCCAGAGAGCUGCGGGCAACCAUGACGCAGACCGAGCACCACCACCUCUUCUCCAACAUCCUGGACGUCCUGAGCGCCAGUCAGAGGUUCUUCGAGGCCCUGGAGCAGCGGCACAAGGCAAAGGUUUGCGUGGAGGACAUCAGCGACAUCUUGGAGGAGCACGCCGAGAAGCACUUCCACCCCUACGUCGCCUACUGUUCCAACGAGGUCUACCAGCAGCGCGCCCUGCAGAGGCUGACAAACAGCAACACCGCCUUCCACGAGGCCCUGAAGGAGAUCGAGAAGCGUCCCGCAUGCGGGGGUCUCCCCAUGAUCUCCUUCCUGAUCCUCCCCAUGCAGAGGGUGACUCGGCUGCCCCUCCUGACGGACACUCUCUGCCUCAAGAGUCAAGGCCAUCCCGAGAGAUACAAGGCCGCCAGCCGCGCACUCAAGGCCAUCAGCAAGCUGGUGAAGCAGUGCAAUGAGGGGGCCCACAAGAUGGAGCGCACGGAGCAGAUGUACACGCUGCAUACACAGCUCGACUUCAGCAAGGUCAAGUCCCUCCCACUGAUCUCGGCCUCCCGCUGGCUGCUGAAGCGUGGGGAACUCUUCGUGGUAGAAGAAACUGGGCUUUUCCGAAAACUAGCCAGCCGGCCCACGUGCUACCUAUUUCUGUUCAACGACGUUCUGGUAGUCACCAAGAAGAAAAGCGAGGACAGCUUCAUGGUUCAGGACUACGCCCAGGUGGACCACAUCCGGGUCCAGAAGAUGGAGCCCUCCGACCCCUCUCUGCUGGGGGGCGGUGGCAGCCGCAGCUCCUCGGUGCCACACCCCUUCCAAGUGACCCUGUUACGCAACAGUGAGGGCCGCCAGGAGCAGAUCCUGCUGUCCUCCGACUUGGCGAGUGACCGGGCCCGGUGGAUCACCGCGCUCACUCACAGGGAGAGGCAGGGGCAGGGCCCCACCAACAAAGGAGACCUGCGCCAGGUAGAGAUCACCAAGGCCUACUUGGCCAAGCAGGCGGACGAGAUCACGCUACAGCAGGCAGACGUGGUCCUGGUCCUGGAGCAGGAGGAUGGAUGGUUUUACGGCGAGCGGCUGAGAGAUGGGGAGAUGGGCUGGUUCCCCGAGGACUUUGCCCGGUGCAUCACCAGCCGCGUGGCCGUGGAGGGCAAUGUGCGCAGGAUGGAGCGGCUGCGCGUGGAGACGGACGUGUAGCCCGCCCUGCCCAGCACCUAGGCCGAGCUCUGCUUCCAUCCACGCUCCAGUGAGCGGCCAGGCUCCUGGACGAGGUGGGCUUGUCCCAGGAGCCUGAAUAGUCCGUGGGUCCCCGCGAGGCCCCGUGGUCUGCAGUACCGGAUCCAGACUCUUCCUCUGCUGCCCGCCCCCGGGGAGCAUCCUCCACGCCAGCUCUUGGUGGGGGGGGGGUGGCCCAGGUCGCCUGACCCCUGGCCAAACCCCAGGGAGGAGCCCUGCCCUUCCCCCAGGACCCUGUGCUCCUGCAGGGCUGUUGUGCAGGAUGUGGGCCCAGCUCCCUCCCUCGUCCUCAUGUGGAACAGAGGGCUUGGCAUCCAGGGCGGCCCCACUUUUGGAGAGGAGGUCCCGCCAGAGGGAGGUGACACUGCGGGGCCAGUGCUGAG